GGAUUGAUUAAGAUUCGCGGGGAUCGCUGCUGGAGAGAACUGACUUGCAUGAACUACCAUUACGAGACGCAGCCUGUCCCCAACCCCAUCGCCUUCUAUAUGCAUCGGUCGCCUGUGUGGUUCCAUCAGUUCGAGACCCUCGUCAACCACUUCGUUGAGCUGGUGGUGCCGUUCUUCAUCUUCCUGGGACGGCGCAUGUGCAUCGUCCACGGGGUUCUGCAGAUACUCUUCCAGGUGCUCCUCAUCAUUAGCGGGAAUCUGAGCUUCCUGAACUGGUUGACCAUCGUCCCCAGCCUCGCUUGCUUCGACGAUGCCUCCUUGGGAUCUUUUUUCAGCUCCAGAGACAAAUGUGUCAAGGCCCGAGUGCUGGCGAUGCAAAGGGAAGAGUCAAAAGAAAAGGGAUCGGCUCUGCCAUAUGGCUGCUACGUCCGCAAAGUAGUGAACAUAUCCUUUGGGGUCCUGAUUGCCUAUCUCAGCGUUCCAGUGGUGGUGAAUUUGUUGAGUUCUCGCCAAGUCAUGAACACUUCCUUCAACCCCCUCCGGAUAGUCAAUACGUAUGGGGCAUUUGGAAGCAUUACCAAAGAGAGAACCGAGGUCGUCAUUCAAGGGACCUCCAGCCUGGAUCCCAGCGACCCGGCUGCCUUUUGGGAGGAGUACGAGUUCAAGUGUAAGCCCGGGGAUCUGCGCCGGAGGCCCUGUUUCAUCAGUCCGUAUCACUAUCGUCUGGACUGGCUCAUGUGGUUUGCUGCUUUCCAGACCUACGAGCAGAACGAAUGGAUCAUCCACUUGGCUGGAAAGCUGCUGGCGAACGAGAAGGAUGUGUUGUCCCUGAUGGCCUUCAAUCCGUUUGAGGGCAAGGCUCCGCCCAGAUGGGUCCGAGGAGAGCACUUCCUGUACAAGUUCAGCCGGCCAGGAGGGAAGCACGCCGGAGACGGAAAGUGGUGGAUCCGGAAGAGGCUCGGGCCCUACUUCCCACCUGUCAACCUGGAGGGGCUGCGGAAAUAUUUCGAGGCCCGUCAGUGGCCUCUGUCGUCACAGAACUGACACACAGCCCACCUAUCAGCUCUCUUGGCAAGAGAGACCCGUGGACCAGCCAGGUCUCCCAAACCAUCCUUUUUUAGUACCUGUUUUUUUUUAA